AAAAAAAAAAUUAUCCCCACGAUUUUCUCCUUAAUUUUAGCUGUGUUUUCACUCUGUUUUCUUUUUCAUCAGUACCGAAUAUUUAUGGACUAUUGAGCUGUCUAUUUCAUUCAGUGAAAAUAAGGGAUAAGAAAAAGGGGAGGAAUUGUUACAAUAGCAAGCCAAAGGAAUCAUCUUUGAUUUAUUUAAUGGUGCAAGAAACAGACAAACUCUGCUAUACACUCUACUCUAAUCAAUCCCCACUUGUUCCAUUAUCAUCCCAAGUAUUAAUUAUUAUUAAGUUUGGAGUAAUAGAAGCAGUAAUAAUUAGCAGAAAAAAAAGAAGAAAUACCCAUCUCUGCGAAGGCACCUUAAAAAAAGCUUUCUUUUUUCUCUUUUAUUUUGUUUUUCUUUUUGUUGUCCACCUUUAUCGUCGGGUGUUUUUUGCUUGGUGGGUUUUCAAAAAAGUUGAAUUUUCCCGGUGGGUAUUUGAGAUUAAGCUCGAGCGGAUUAGAUUUCAUGUGGGUUCCUCCUCUUCAAAGUGGAUUUUAAGUAAUCCCUACUAAAACAGGGGAAUCGCAUGUUCUUUCCUGGUUCUUUUUUUUUUUUCUCCAUAAUGGAAGGAGUGAAAGUAAGGAAACUUUGAUUUUUCGUUUUUUAAGUUGAUGGGAUUGUGAACAAUAAUGGGUUCUCUUGAGAAUGGAUUUUCAUUGAAAAGGGAUCAUCACCAUUUGCUUCGUUCAUCAUCAUCUGGAAGUGGCAGGAGCUUCUUCAGUGGCAGCAGUCAAAGUCUAAGGCAGCAACUUAGAUCAAGAUUAGCCAGGCUGGUUUUUCUCAAGAAGUUUGAUUAUCCAAUAUGGAUUUGUAUGGUGGCUGUGUUUCUCUUCUUCCUCGUGCUGUUUCAGAUGCUCUUGCCUGGCUCAAUUAUGGAUAAAUCUGGCGAUUUCUUGAAGAAAAUGGAUAAUAAUAAUAAUGAGGUGGCUGGAGAUUUGGUUGUGGUGAGGGAGUUUGCUGGGUUGGAUUUUGGUGAAGAUAUCAAAUUUGAACCAUCCAAACUUUUAGCCAAGUUUCGUGGUGAUGAUGCAAUAAAAGUGAAUGGGAAUGUUUUGAGACUGGGCCACAGGAAACCUAAGAUUGCUAUGGUAUUUGCUGAUCUGUUGGUUGAUGCUUAUCAAAUACAAAUGGCUACUAUUUCAAUUGCUCUGAGGAAGAUAGGAUAUGAAAUUGAGGUACUUUCCCUUAAAGAUGGUCCAGCAAAUGCAACUUGGAGAGGCUCUGGAUUUCCACUUCAUCUCAUGGAAUCUCAUGAUAACAAACAGAUCGCGAUAGAUUGGUUAAAUUAUGAAGGCGUACUGGUGAACUCUCUUGAAUCUGCAGCAGUUAUUUCUCGUUUGAUGAUGGAACCUUUUAAAAGCGUACCGCUGAUAUGGACCAUCCACGAACAAGAACUUGCUGCUCGAAUGAGGCUCCAUGCUCAGAAUGGCCAGAGUGACAUCGUGGAAAAUUGGAAAAAAGUCUUUAGUCGUGCCACUGUGGUUGUCUUCCAUAACUACAUUCUGCCGAUGAUUUAUUCGGCAUGUGACACUGGAAACUACUUUGUGAUUCCGGGCUCUCCUGCAGAAGCAUGGGAAGCUGGUAAUAUAUUGGCUACACCCAAAAACGUUGUGCGUGUGAAGGUAGAAAGUGAACCCAAGAAUUUCAAUAUUGUGAUCGUGGGAAGUCAACUUCUCUACCGAGGUCUUUGGCUGGAACAUGCCCUUGUUUUAAAGGCUUUACUACCAGUUCUUGAGCACUUUGAAGGUGAUGGCAUUACAGAUACUAGGCUCAAAAUCAUUGUCUUAGCUGGGGAUUCAAAUAGUAACUACAGUGUGGCUUUGGAGGCUAUUGCUGUAAACUUGACUUAUCCGGCUGGCAUGGUGACGCAUAUUGCUCUCGAUGAAAAUUUGGACAACAUUCUGAGUUCAUCUGACCUUGUGAUUUAUUCAUCCUUCCACGAGGAGCCUUCAUUUCCAAACAUAUUGUUAAGAGCCAUGUGCUUGAAGAAGCCAAUAGUAGCUCCUGAUAUAUCUAUCAUCAAGAAAUACGUUGACGAUAGAGUUAAUGGGUACAUAUUUCCCAGAGAGAAUAUCAGAGUACUAUCCCAGAUACUGAUGCAAGUGAUCUCGAAUGGGAAAUUGUCACUGCUAGCUAGUAAUGCAGCAGCAAUUGGAAAACAUACUGCAAAAAACCUUAUGGUUUCAGAGAGCGUUGAGGGAUACGCUUCACUAUUGGAAAGUGUUCUCAGAUUUCCAUCUGAAGUUACAAAUGUAGAGCCUGUCUCGGAGAUUCCUGCCAACCUUAAAGCCGAAUGGUCCUGGACUCUUUUUGAAGCAUCUCGAGAUUCAGUGUUACUGAAUGCAACAAGAAGAAUCAUGAAAUUCUUGGAUGAGUUUGAGCAGCAGUGGAAUCAAACUCAGAAUGAAGGCUCUGUACCUGCUGUUGGGACGAAUGAAAACUUCUUCUAUGGUAUCUGGGAAGAAGAGAAAUCUUUUCAGAUCGCUUAUGUGAGGAAGCGGAGAGAAGAUGACGAGUUGAAGGACAGAACAGAUCAAAGUCGGGGAACGUGGGAUGAAGUUUAUCGUAGUGCUAGAAGGGCCGAUCGGAUCAAGAAUGACGUGCAUGAAAGAGAUGAAGGAGAGCUUGAAAGGACUGGACAACCGUUGACUAUCUAUGAACCAUUCAUUGGGGAAGGAACUUGGCCGUUUCUGCACCACACUUCACUGUAUCGGGGAUUUGGGCUGUCUAGUAAAGGUCGGCGACCUGGAUUUGAUGAUGUGGAUGGACCUUCUCGGCUUCCUCUUUUAAGUAACCCCUAUUAUAGAGAUGUCCUUGGUGAAUAUGGUGCUUAUUUCGCAAUUGCAAACCGGAUUGAUCGCAUACACAAAAAUGCUUGGAUAGGCUUCCAGUCUUGGAGAGCAACAGCAAGAAAGGAAUCUUUGUCAAGGGCUGCUGAAAUAUCCUUAUUGAAUGCCAUCCAGUCACGAAAACACGGGGAUGCACUUUAUUUCUGGGCUUCAAUGGACAAGGACCCUAGAAACCCCCAAAAGCAGGAUUUUUGGACAUUUUGUGAUGCUAUUAAUGCUGGCAAUUGUCAGUUUGCAUUUUCUGAAGCUUUUCGGAAGAUGUACGGCUUAAAUCAUAACUUGAGUUCUGUACCUCCGAUGCCUGUAGAUGGAGGAGAUACAUGGUCUGUCAUGCAUAGUUGGGCUUUACCAACGAGAUCCUUUAUGGAAUUUGUCAUGUUCUCAAGGUUUGAAUAUGUAAUCUUACUGUUUUUCUUCCUCAGUUUCUUGUACUGUUCUUGUUCCAUGUUAUUCCUUUUUCUCUUCUUUAUGUAGCCCAGGUGAUAUUUUAAUAGUUUUUUGCUUUUGGCAUGCAGAAUAUUUGUGGACGCUCUUGAUAAUAAAUUUUAUGAGGAGCACCAUCAAAGUGGACGUUGUUAUUUAAGCUUGUCUAAGGAUAAACACUGCUAUUCUCGAGUGCUUGAGUUACUAGUAAAUGUUUGGGCGUAUCAUAGUGCAAAACGAAUGGUUUACGUGAAUCCGGAAACCGGCUUAAUACAAGAACAGCACAAGAUGAAGCAACGAAGAGGGCAUAUGUGGAUCAAAUGGUUCCAAUUCAGUACACUAAAGAGCAUGGACGAGGACCUUGCUGAGGAAGCCGACACUGACCAGCCAAAAAGACACUGGCUUUGGCCAUCGACGGGCGAGGUUUUUUGGCAAGGUAUAUAUGAGAAGGAGAGGAAUCAAAAAAAUCGAGAGAAAGAGAAGAGAAGGCAAGAAAGCAAGAAUAAGAUUGCUCGGAUUAAGAGUAGGGCUCGUCAGAAAACGAUAGGGAAAUACGUGAAGCCUCCACCAGAGGAAAUGGGCUCUUCUUUGUCAAACUCAACAACAGCAUUGGCAGCUAAGCUUUUCAGAUAACACUACCUUUACUCACGUUUAUAAUACCUGAAAAUCAGUAAAAAUCAGAUUUUUAGUUAGAAUUCUAAUUCUUCUCCCCACAAUUUAGUAAUCCACCCCACUAUUGUUUCAUUCUUGAUUCUUGUUCAGAGAGGAUGCCUUAGGUUCUUAUCCCGUAAAUUUUUUAGUGGAGGUCCUGUAUGUAGGUUACUGCAUCCUUCUGACAAAAUGCCACUUGGAAGCCCCCCUGAAUGUAUGCAAGUGGCUUCAUUUUCGGCUUCCUGCAACAUUCAUUUUUUUUUCUCUUAUAGAUUGUUUUUUACCCUUCUAUAGGGUAGGAAUGCCCAAUCAUUGUAACCUGAUUUUACCAGGAUAUGACGCUGAUAAUUUGUGAAUGAAUUUACUGUUCAGCUUUGAGUACAGAACUUUUGAGCUUGUGCCACUAUGUUUUGGCUUUUCCUUAUUUCCUUCAGUUACA